AUGGCUCCACUUGAACUCUGGGGAAACCAUAUCCCGCCGAUUACAUCGGCCAAGCACCUCGCCGAUCUCCGUCAGAAGCACGGAGUUCCUCCAAACGUGGAGAUGAUACUCCGUUCCGACGAUCCGUUUUCUCCGGAGACCGUUCCGCCGGGUUUCUGCUGCGCGUACACUGUGUAUUUCGAAAAGUGUGGGCUCGUGUUCCCUAUCCCGAGGAUUAUCUUUCGGAUCCUCCAACGCCUUCGAAUGGCGUUUCCCCAGAUGUGUCCGAACUUUGUUCGGCACGUCAUGGGGGUAUACGUUCGAGGUCGCGAACUUGGAUUUGAACUCGGGGUCGACGACAUCCUCCGGUUGUACCUUAUCAAACAUAACUCCGGGUUUCCCGGGACAUUCUACACCUGUCGCCGCCGCAGCCCGGAAAUAAUUCAGGCGCUUCCGGGGAAGGACGACCGGUGGCGGGAAAAAUAUUUUUACUUCCGGGUUACUCCGGCAGCGGUGGGGGACUACGACUUUGCUCGUCUCCCCACCCAAUGGGCCGCAUGCGUUGAUUCAGAAGAACCUCCGAAAAUACCGGCAACCCGAGAACUAAUUGAGAGGCUACGAGCAGGCGAGGUACGGUGGAACUCAUUCACGCGAGCUCGUAUCAUAGCAGCCCUCAAUGCCCCGUUAGUCCGAAACACUACAGCUCCGGUCCCGCCGCUUCCUGCUAACCAAGCGAGGAGCGAAAGAGCAGACAACUCCCCCGCUCGCAGAGAAUUAAGUUCUUCUUCGACCUCAACCCCAAUACGCACCAUGGUUAGGAAGCCGUCACUCCGUGAACUCAGGGAGCAAUCGCAGCAACCCCGAAGGGUCCGAGCCGGCGAUGUUGAUGCCGCGCUGGCCAAUGCUCUUCGAGCCGCUCAGCCCGCACCGUCUCGGGUAGUUAGCGAGGAGGUGAACCAAGCCCCCAUGAUCCCAACCGGUCCUUCUGGUCCGGCUAAGGAGGUCAUGCUCGUCAGUUCGCAGUUGACUCAUGGCGAGCCGUCUCCGAUGCCAAAAAGGGCUCGCACGGACAAUCCCCGAGUCCCUGAGACGAGGAGCCGCGAAAGCCGUGGAGGCUACCCCGCGGGUGGUAACCCGGAGGCUCCAGCUGGAGAGCCGGCUCUCUCUGGAAACGGGUCAUUGUCGAGCCGCCCGUUUCAUUGGAGGUUUGCUCACUCCCGGGACUCCCCGGCGGUAGAGGACCACCUGGGAAUGGCGACCCUUUUCCGUCACCUGAAGACGGCUAACUGCCAGGUCCCGCUCGUGAAGGAUCUCGUCGAGAGAGAAGCAUACAUCGAGGCGAUGGCGGCCCAUGCGAAGCCUUUUAACCUAUUUUUGGGAGGGUUGAAAGGCGAAUAUCCAGAGAAUCUUUCAUGUCGUUUCGGUUUCGCGAUCUUCCUCGGGGAAGGGGCAAAACAUGCGGAGGCGACUCGUCGAGCUGUUCGUGAGGCCAAGGAGCGGAUGUCCCAAGACUACCGGGCGGUGCUGGAUUCAGUGAAGAGCAAGUGGGAGAGGAAGAAAGAGCAGACCGCGGUCGAGAGCGAUCUCGCAGAGAUCGAGUCCAACCUUCUUUUGAUCAAGCAGAUCGACGAGGGGAGGACAUCAAUUGCGGAGGAGGUGCAAGUUCUCGAGACGCAGCGGGCGGUCCUUGCGGUUAGGUCCAACUCCUUGGCGGUUUCGGACUUUUCGGUGAGCAAAUUGGACCUUCCUCAGAUCUCGGAAGACUCGGUCGCGCCCAUGGAGGUUGACGCCAGAACCGGGGUCCCGCGCGGUCUGGACGAGCAUGGGAGCAACGCGAGUGCCGCGAAGGAUCCGGAGGCUGGGACCGGGGAAGAAGACGUUUGA